GUGGGUCAGAGGGGUCACGUGGGGCGCGAGAUCGCGUCUGACCCCGCGGCUCGUCAGUGAAGGAGGAAGAUGGCGGCGCGGGAGAGCGAGGUGGUGGAGGCGGCCGGUGAGGCGACGGCAAACGGCGAGGUCAGCAGUGAGGUGGUAGCUGAUGGCCAGGUUCAGGUACUGGAAGGUAACCAGGUUGAGACGCAACCACCGCAACAGCAGCAGCAGCCGCCUCCCAAUGCCUGGCAGGUGAUAAAAGGUGUUUUAUUCCGGAUUUUUAUCAUUUGGCUGAUAAGCAGUUGGUUCCGUCGAGGAAGCAGUCCUCCAGAACAGAGCGAUCCAACCGGGGCAGUGAGGCAGCCAAGUCGUAAUCUUUUCCCCAAAGACACACUUAUGGACCUGCGAGUUUAUAUCUCAGAGAAUGACCACUUCACAGAAUUUAAUAGUAGUGCUCCACUUUUCUGGGAACUUCUGGACUUGGUGUACGGCGACUGGACAAGUGGGGAGUUGGGGACGGGAUGUUAUGAACACGAUGGAGAAAUAGAGACCACUGAGCAUAUAAGAUCCAAUGGUUCUGUGUUCAUUCACAUAUAUUUCACCAAGAGUGGGUUUCAUCCAGAUCCGAUGAGGAAAACUCAAUACAGGCGACUCGCCACAGUCUCCACAACAAAAAUGUUAAACAAAUUCAAGAGGAGAAAGUUUCAAAAGACAAAAAAUCUUUUGACUGGACAGACAGAUGUUGAUCCUGAAAUAAUUAAGCGAGCUGAAGAUUAUGGGCCGGUUGAGAUCAUUUCCCAUUGGCACCCAAAUCUCACGGUUCAUAUCGUGGAUGAUCACACGUCCUGGGCAAUGGGCGCGGUGCCACCUCCUCUUGAUCAGUAUGUGAAGUUUGACCCUGUGAGUGCUGACUAUUAUCCAAUCAUUUACUUCAAUGAUUAUUGGAACCUGCAGAAGGACUACUUUCCCAUCAACGAGACGUUGGAUAAGCUCCCCUUGCGAAUGACCUUCUGCCCGUUGACACUGUGGAAAUGGCAGCUGUACGCUGCGCAAAGUACCAAGUCUCCCUGGAACUUCCUGGGAGAUGAUUUAUACGAACAACCUGAUGAGGAGCAGGAUUCCGUGAAGGUUGCGCUAUUGGAAACCAAUCCCUAUCUCCUGGCAGUGACGAUUGUCGUGUCAAUUGUACACAGCGUGUUUGAAUUCCUGGCCUUCAAAAAUGACAUUCAAUUUUGGAACAGUCGCCAGUCUCUGGAGGGCCUGUCUGUACGUUCGGUGAUAUUUGGUGUCUUCCAGUCUGCCGUUGUCCUGCUGUACAUCUUAGACAAUGAGACCAAUUUCGUGGUACAGGUCAGCGUAUUCAUUGGCCUCUUGAUUGAUCUUUGGAAAAUCACCAAAGUCAUGGAUGUGAAGCUUGACCGUGAAAAUAAAGUGGCAGGAAUCAUCCCUCGCUUGACGUUCAACGAUAAAUCAACAUAUGUACAGUCCUCAACUAAGAUCUACGAUGAUAUGGCGUUUAAAUAUCUGUCCUGGAUUCUCUUCCCGUUGCUGGGCUGCUAUGCUGUGUACAGCUUGUUGUACUUGGAGCACAAAAGCUGGUAUUCCUGGGUACUGAGUAUGCUCUACGGAUUCUUAUUGACAUUUGGGUUUAUAACUAUGACACCGCAGCUAUUCAUUAAUUAUAAGCUGAAGUCAGUAGCCCAUCUCCCAUGGAGGAUGCUAACCUAUAAAGCACUAAAUACUUUUAUCGAUGAUCUCUUUGCAUUCGUAAUCAAAAUGCCAAUGAUGUACAGAAUAGGAUGCUUGAGAGACGACGUGGUGUUUUUUAUCUACCUGUACCAACGCUGGAUCUAUCGAGUAGAUCUUACCCGGAUGAACGAAUUUGGGACGAGUGGGGAAGAUAUCGUGAAGUCACAACCAGAAGAUGGUUCCCCAAAGGCAUUGAUGGAGAAAGGAGAGGAGGAGAAGAAAAAUGAUUAAAUAUAAAUCUUUGCAUUGUCAAACCUUCAUGUUUCACUGUAAAGGCAAAAGUGAGACCACGGACUGUAAUAAUCAAACUCCCAAUUUUUGUAUUAAUAUAAUCCUGUUGAAGACAAGUGAAUUUGAAGUCCAGGUUAAUGUGCUGUACUGUAUUUGUUCUGAAACAUAUCUGUAUUUAAGUCUGAUAACUUUGUAAUCAUUGUAUUCCACUGUGGAAUAUUUGGAACAUUAAAUUGCUAAUAAUAAUAAUAACGUUUAUAUUGCGGCUAUUUGUUGAAAGGGCGGCCUCUGUUUAUUUAGAGGGGGGAUGAUAACAGAUUUUAGUAAUAAAGAUUCAAUUCCAUCAUCUGAAAUUCUGAUUCCUGUUUCAAUAAACAAACCAAUGUUAACUUA